AUCAUAUCAAGCACGCAUUCAUAACCCCUUUCUUAACUACCAACCAGUAUUACGAGGCAAGCUUCAUACCUACCCAGUGGAUUCGAUUCGUCAAGGUCUAAAUAUAAAUCUUAGCAUACUAUCUGCCACCAUGUCUCUUAGAAUCAAGGCGGAUUCUCUCCGCAAGAAAUUCAAGAGCGUAAGGCAAAGGCUCUCUCCUAGUCUCGCCGAUGCCCGACCUAAUGAGACACAACCGAAGGAAACUCAAGCCUUGGAAAUCCGACCCCCGACCCGGCGCAGCUCAUCCCCUACACCUUUGAAUAAUCUUCAUAUCUCUAGGGUGGUGACACAUGAUUAUCUACCCUUUGUUCGCUCAGGUACAGGUACCCCUAACAGCGAUUAUACCAAAUUGCGCGUCCUUGGACCCGCCAGUGGUCACUCGAGCCCUCAUUUCCCCAGCUUCAGAUCUACAGAUGCAGAGCCGUCAUUGUCUAGGCCUCAUACCUCCCAUAACUUGGAUCGGGUGAUUGCCCAGGAUCCGUACGCGAAGCCUAAGGACAAGGGGAGCAUAGAAAGCUCAGCUACUACAAGCACUAACCCUAGAGUCGAGAGUUCCGACAACAGCACCAAGAAGAAGUCUUUUAACAUAAGCCUUUCUCAGAGAGCUGAAGUGGGAGGAUCCAGUUUAACGCCCGAUGAUAUGGACAACGACCUGAGUAAUGAGUCGAACAAAGAGGCCGUUGAAAACUCCAAGAAAAAGAAGGCCGACAGAAUUAAGAGGUUCUACGCUAGAAUGGCAGAGAGAGGAUAUCCAGAUCUGAACGUUUUACCUAGUUUCAGCAUCAAGUACAGAUCAAAGGACAGCGACAGCGACAGCGACAGUAGUAGUUACAAGGAUCCUGUCAAUAGGGCCAAGUUCAAAGCGUGGCCAGAUUAUCACCUCGAACGUCAACGUCGGGUCAUCGAAAAGUACAACAGGGGAGAUAAACUCUGGACCAAAGAGGCGCUCAUCCGUAUCGAGGACCAGAUCAAGGGAGAUGAUAUCAACGUUAGAAUAAAUGGCUAUGUUGGUGAAGGACAAUCAGUUCAGAAGGAGACAAACUCAGACCAGUCAAAACUCAGAGUGCAGUUCCACGGUUACCAGGAACUAGCAUUCCCACCCGCCACCAAACCUGACUCUACUCCUUACAACACCAUGUCCAUCAAGACCAUUCCGUAUGACUACGAGGACAGCCUACCUUCUGGCGUCGAUUGGGUAUGGAAUAACUGCUACAAAGGGAUAUGGAGAGGGUGCCCGAUAAUGCACCUGCUGUACUCGACCUUUAUGCGGAUACCCCUGCCACCCAUCAACAAGGUCGUAUGCUUUGACCUUGGCCCCCUCGCCGUCAGAUGGGACGAUCCGAGCCGCAAGGCGUCGAGGGGCAUCUACCGCCACCUCGCAGCCAUGACACUCAUCGAAGCAAUGAACAAGCGUUUCAACGGUGGUAUUCACCUAUAUGCGCAGGACCCCAAUUAUAGCCCGGAUUGCAUCCGAAUACUGUCCCAGAAGGGAUUCGAGAUCGUCGGCACACACGGCGCCGCCGGUCUCGCCAAGAUCGACGAGCAAACCCUCCUUUUCGCGCCCAAUCCGAGCUUUUGUCUGAAGGAGAUUGUGGCCGAUAUCGCGCGUCCCGCAGUCAUGGUCUGGAACCCGGUCCUGACGCCCGAGGAGUCAGAUUACAAGACCAAGUCCAAGGUCCCGGAUAGCCUGAACGACAACACGUUGAUCUCCUUCCAUCACCGCCUCCCAACAGACCCAGACACCCCCCGCGUCCGCGCGCUGAUGCAAGACUACGAAAAGCACUUCUUCCCGGAGAACAACCUCUUCGGCAAAACCGCAAUAUACACGCGUCUGCCCCUCCCCACCAUCCCUCCCUCCCCAACCCGCUCCCCCGCCCCCGAACUCUUCGACGCCGUCGCCGCACUCGAACGUCUCAAUGCCGACCUCAACGCACAAAACAUUCAGUGCAACUGGCAGCCCAUGAGCGGGUUUAUGCUCCCCGAACAUAACGGUUCGGGUCGGUACCAUCGCCGCGGAAAGAAGUCGAGGAAGGGACGGAAGAGCGAGCGUGGGAGUGAGAAGAAAGAGGAGGAGGAGCCUGUGGGAGAGGAGGAGAAGGAGGAGGAGAAGGAGAAGGGGGAGACUUCGUUUAAGGGUAUGGGGUAUAGGUUCUAGUCUAGUCUCUAGCUGGGUGCUUACCUGGAGUAGAGUAGACUAGACUGGGUUAUUGUACUCCCAGCCCAGGGGGGGGUGGGGAAGUUCUUGUUAUGCGUGCGAGUUCGUAGUGCG